AUGGACAGCCAGUCGAAAUCGGAACCUUUCAUGCGCAGUGAUCUUCAGGACAUCUUCCCGUUGGUGGCCCAGGGUAAAGUCAGAGAGAUCUACGAGCUUGACGAGAAGACCCUUCUCUUUGUUGCUUCGGACAGGAUUUCGGCUUACGAUGUGAUUCUGGAGAAUGGCGUUCCUAACAAAGGGGUUGUUCUCACUCUCAUUUCCGCCUACUGGUUUAAGUUCCUCAAAGCUGCCUUACCUACUCUCGAGACGCACUGUAUCGGCCUUAACCUGCCACCCCAAAUCCCGGUGGAGCUUCGACCCAAGUACCAAAACCGGAGCAUGGUCGUGCGCAAGGUCAAGGUCUUCCCGAUUGAAUCUAUCGUCCGCGGAUACAUUGCUGGUUCAGCCUGGAAAGAGUAUAAAGAGUCUCGCACCGUGAACGGAAUUUCCAUGCCGUCCGGACUGGUUGAGAGUGGUCGCCUCCCAAAGGCAUUGUGGACUCCAAGUACCAAAGCAGACCAAGGUGACCAUGAUAUCAACAUUCAUCCCAAAUACGCUGGUAAACUCAUUGGCCAGAAAUACGCCGACCAGAUCCAGAGCAUCUCUGUGACUCUAUACAAUGUGGCCUACGCACACGCCUACUCCCGUGGCAUCAUCAUCGCAGAUACAAAGUUCGAAUUUGGCCUCGACGUAGAGAAUGACCAGGUUAUCCUCAUUGAUGAAGUGCUUACUCCCGACUCUUCUCGAUUCUGGCCAGUCAGCAAAUAUGAGCCCGGCCGACCCCAGGAAAGUUUUGAUAAGCAAUUCUUGCGAGACUGGCUAGCCUCCAAUGACUUGGCUGGAAAGGAGAAUGUUGCUAUGCCAGCUGAUGUUGCGAGAAAAACAGAACUGAAAUACCAAGAGGCAUACGAGAGAAUCACCGGCGAAAUCUUCGAGGAUGGCUUGCCGUCUGUUUUGGAGGGUGGGGUUCUGGUUAAAUAA